CUUAGAUAGUGUAAAAGUAAGUGUGAGUCGACUCAGACUCGAGAUCUUAUCCCAUAUCUGGAAGGCCUAUCUAGUACCUCGAAUACAACAAGUAUGCUUACUUAUCAGCUUCGUUCUUUUCUGAAUCAAUGUAAUUUAGCUUAUAUAUCGGUCAUGAUCUCUAACUGAACAGGCGGGAAUGGAAAGGUAGACUAGUACUUAUCUCGCCGGGGUCAUGAACAGCAACGACUUACAACGACUCCGCUGUCCAACGACGAACUGUGGUAGAUCAAAAGGCGCCGUCGGCGCAAGGCACGCUCGUGGCACACACUCACGAGUGAAUUGGUUCUGGGGGUCUAGUAAUCCUAUCAAGCUGAAAUAAAAGUAGCUAGUCAGAAUACAACUCACUUUCGUGGGACGACAUUCCUGACGUUAAAUCAUGGAGCGCACUCUCGCGCACUGCAUCUACCUAAGCCAAUUAUUUUAGAGGAGCACCAGCUGGAGUAGAGACGAAGCCUCGCACGAGCACGAUGCCGUCCGCCUUCCGGUCAUUGUUAAACCCGUACCCCGCUCGGCUGCUGCCGGAGGAGGGUGCGCUUACUACGUUGCAGGGAACCGUGUUGGAGGCGAAGUUUAUGUCGACGCUGUGGAAUGCACCUGGCUAUCCAUUGAAUAUGCUAUGCCAGAAACUGCUGAUUUGUGACGAAUACGCGCACCAUCGGGGCCGCUUGGGCGUGCUCACCCCGUUCCAACUUACAUGGUGCAUGGUACUUCGGGAGCCAGUCCACAAGUCGUGGCAGGGCUUUGGUUUCCUGCUUUUACACGUCUACGUUCGCGAUUGGCAGCGAAUUUGGGCCAAUCAUUUGCUGGUGCCACGACUUCUGCCUUUGUGGCUAGCGAUUAGAAAACAGAUCCGGCGAGCGUGGGCGCUCAUACCCGCGUUUCGAAGCAUACCACGAGUAGUGCUGAGUGGAGCGCGUCACUCAGGACGAAGAAUAUGCGGCGUGCUUUUUGGACUUUUUUCUCUCGAGGGCGGAUUCUCGUGCUUUGGAGGUGGCCGCAAAAAAGGCCAGAAUGGUUCGAUAUCCAACGGCGGAGAAAGUGGGGAUGGUUCAGACCAAGUUAUCGUAUUAGACGAGCAAGGUCAGCUAGUAUCUGGAAACCUGAACUCCACCGACAGCGGCACAUCCUUUGUUUCAUCCAGUAGUGUUCUUGCGUCAGGGCAAUUCAACAACGGGCAAGAAGAAGCGUCAACUUCUAAUGCUACUCCUGGUGCCGUGUUCUCGUCAACUACUCGAAGCGAUCAAGGCGGGUCUUCAUCACCGGCGCCAAGUAGGGCACGAGAUAGCUCUGAGCAGGCGAAUGGAACAGCCGCCACAAACAACGAUGGGUCCACAUCGUCCUUUGAGAGUUCUCCAGCACGAAGAAGGGAGCGCGACGAGCGCGAAAACCACGUGGCUCUGCAGCAAGUGCGACAAGGGUUGAGGUAUCUUACCGAAGUCCUCUCGUACCCGUUCCUAAUUCUGCAGAAUAUUAAGGCUUUUUGAACAAAACCUCACGCCAGUUUUAAGCAGACCUUAUAAUAAUUGGGUACCUGGUAUUAGUAGACCCUCGAAGUGACCAAUGGAACUAUAACAUGGGUACAAUUUUGUCCUAAUAGGAGAGCAGCUACGCUUUCACAGCAAGGGAGAAUUUAGAUAGGUUAGAAUGUGGGUGAUACAUGGGUAAGUACAGGCUGCAGGGCUCUCGUCUCUAAUAAAAGAGCAGUCUUCGUUCCCGGAAAAACGACAGAUUUUUGGAGGCUAAAUUUGCAGACGUUGAGACUCUAUGGCCCUGCUAGUUUCUUUGACGGGCUGCCGCUCUAUUUGUGUACUCUUUUAGCGGAGGACGCAAUCCAAGAGCUCAUAAACAGAAUUGUCGCGUGGAAGCUAAGCGACCUUUCGGCGAUGGACCUCACGAUGGUGCGACUCUCUUUUGGCGUCCUCUUUGGCCAAUUUCUGUCGCCCGUGGUUCAAUUAGUAACCCUCAGACGCGGUGAGGCUUCAUACUUCAUCGCGAAAAACCGGCUACCGAUUCAAGCGCUGGGUGACCUAGGAGUGGAUAAAGUGGUACCUGCUUGUAUCUGCUAUAAUUUGAUUUGUAACUAGUAAGCAUAAUUAAAGGUCCUUCUCCUAUGAUUUUGUCGUCUUAAUUUCAGCGGCUUCAUUUUUCUUUGAAAUUUCAAUUCUAUGUUUCGAUUUCUGUCAUCUUUCUCAACAAAAUAGUCGGCGUCGUGAUUUCCCCUAUUUACAACAGCCCCCCGCGCUGCACCUCCCGGAGCACCAGCCUUUGUCGCAGCUUUCACAGCGCAUGUGCCUCAGGACGUUCCUCUACCAGUUGGGCAUAACGGGUGUGAUUGUCAGCGUGAAUUACGGCGCUGCCUACAUACUGAAUCUUGCGGAACGGGAGGAAAGGCAACGGCGCGAAGAUGAGAACAGGAAUCCAUAACUACGACGCAUGAAAUGCCACCACCUCCAGGACGAUGAAAUAUUUUCUUACACAUUUUUUAAGUUUAACGGCAUCAUAGGGAAAUCAUCGCUGUAUUCGCAACCACACACCGUGUAUAACAUUUUUUCUGCCUUGAACCAACCAAUCUCGACGCUGGCUACAACCGAUUUCAGACAUGACUGCUCAUUCGCAAGAUGAAGAUUCCAAUGGGGAGUUGUACUUUUAUAUCGCAGUUUCAAUGUCCUUUCAGUACCCGC